GCGCGAGCAGCGUUAGAACCCCGCCUGCGGAGCGAGUGCAGCGCGUUCACUGAGGUAAGAGCCGCGCAGCCCGGUCAGGAGAGCGCUGGAGUCCUGCUGGAGCAGCGCCCAGAGAGCUGCUCAGUUAGACUGCGAGAGACUGCUUACCUGUGCAGGCUGGUUCAGUUGAGUGCCUGCUUUCUUAGGCUCAGUGAAAGUGCAUGCAGUUGUUUCCCAUUAGGCUUGUUGUCUGCAGUCACGUUGGCAUUUGCAUGAGCCGAGCUGUGCACCUGCAUGUCCGGUCACCACUGUCGCAUGCGUCCUUUAACAGGCAUGAAUGUAGAUGGGGACUGCAGCAUGUCAGUCAAUUGUGGCAAUGGCAAACUUAGGCAGUGGCUCAUCGAGCAGAUUGAUAGCGGGGAAUACCCCGGCCUGGUCUGGGAGAAUGACGAGAAAACCAUUUUCAGGAUACCCUGGAAGCACGCGGGAAAACAGGACUACAACCGCGAGGAGGAUGCUGCUCUCUUCAAGGCUUGGGCGCUGUUCAAGGGGAAAUACAGGGAAGGGGUGGACAAGCCGGAUCCCCCAACGUGGAAAACGAGACUCCGCUGUGCCCUCAACAAGAGCAAUGACUUUGAUGAACUUGUGGACAGAAGCCAGUUGGACAUAUCAGACCCUUAUAAGGUCUACAGGAUCAUACCUGAAGGAGCAAAGAGAGGCUCCAAAUCUAGCAGCAUUGAGGACACAUCUGCUCACGUGACCCCUCUUGGUUACUCCAUGCAUUCUCCUUAUCCUCCUCUCCAGUCCCAGAUGCCGAGCUACGUGCUGUCCCCGGAAAGGAGGGACUGGAGAGAGUACAGCACAGAGCAGCCGCACCACCAGCCGCCGCACGCAGAGCUGUCUUAUGGCUGCCCUUACCCUCCUGCAAGGCCUCUACAGUGGCACGCGCCGCCCUGCGAUAAUGGGUACCAGAUAUCCGGAUCCUUCUAUACCUACACCCCAACAGAGUCCCAUCCAGUGUCAGUGGACCCCAGUAUGAGAUCAGCAGAAGCCAUGGCCAUCUCUGAUUUCCGCCUUCACGUGGCCCUCUACUAUAGGGAGUCCCUGGUGAAAGAGGUGACCACCACUAGUCCUGAUGGCUGCCGCAUCUCCUCCUCCCCCUCUCCAUCCUCUCCCUCCUCCCCCUCCUCUCCAUGCUCGGAGGACAGGCUGUAUGGGGGGGCGGAGUCUGUGCUUUUUCCCUUCCCCUACCCGCAGUCACAGCGGCGUGGCGCCGACAAGCUGCCCAACGUGCUGGAGCGAGGUGUCCUGCUGUGGCUGACGCCUGAUGGACUUUACGCUAAGCGGCUCUGUCAGAGCAGGGUGUACUGGGAAGGGCCACUGGCGCAGUACUCGGACAAGCCCAACAAGCUGGAAAAGGAGCAGACCUGCAAACUGAUGGACACACACCAGUUCCUCUCAGAGUUGCAGGGUUAUAUCCAUCAUGGACGCCCCAUGCCAAGAUACCAGGUGGUGCUGUGCUUUGGAGAUGAGUAUCCAGAUCCACAGCGACAGAGCAAGAUGAUCACAGCUCAGGUGGAGCCCUUGUUUGCCAGGCAGCUCCUGUACUUUGCCGGCCAAACCAACGGUCAUUACUUGCGGGGUUAUGAGAUUCCUUCUCAGGGGGCACUGCCUGUGGAGGACUACCAGAGAAGCCUCCAGCACAUGCAGGAAUGAACUCCUAAUAAGGAAACCCAGAAAAGACUCCCUCAGCAGUGCUCCUCUUCCAUCAGCCUGCCCUGUUUCUCAUUGUGGAAAGACGUCUACAAACAGCCAAAAUGUGGAAGUCCAAGCAGGCGAGAAGAGUCAGGACUGAGAUGAACUGCAAAACUGUCAAAAAAAGACAAUUCUUGAUGUGCCAAAAAACUUAGAACCAAGGAGACCAGACAGGUACAUAUCUUUUUGCCCAAGACCAUGAUUGUCAGCAUUUCAUGCAACUUACAUAAUGAGAGAAAUCCAAAAUAUUGAUGAGAGACCUGGUGCUGGGCGAUGCUGAUAAAAUUCAGUGGGCCUCAUUCGCCAACCCAAAUUUCUUCUUAAAAUACACUUACGCAGUUUUUACAAAGAUUCUGACAUUCACCGAUGUUUUCUUACUUGGGAUUUUUUCAAGAACAAAUUUAAGAAAAAAAUCUAGGAAGAUAUUAGCGAAUGAGGUCCGAUGUUAUAACAUUUAUCAAUACAGCUAAAAUUAAAAAACAGUACUUUUGUGAGACACCAUUGCUGUUAUCUGAGCGUGGACAAUAUAUCGGCCAGCAGUAGACGGAUCUCUAGGCUAGGUACUCUCAUGUGGACAUAAAGUAUGAAAAAGAAGCCUCGAGAUAUGCAAACUACGUGACAUUGUAACAAACUUUGCAUUGCAAAUGCUGCCCUAGCAAAGCAGACACGGUGUAAAAUUACACAUUUUUCAUGUGCAUUUUGUAUUUGUUUUUAUACUUCAGUAUUAGAAUUUUGUAAUAGUUUCAUACUUUGUAUAAAAUGUUCUCAGGACCAUUUUCAGUGUAGUUUUCCUUCUCGUUCUAUGACCAACUUUAACUUUUUGACUUUGACAUAGAAAUCAAGCUAUCUUUUUUUUUUCUUUUUUUUUUGUAGUGUACAUUGUUCGACAUGAUUGAAAGUCUAUUUAUAUUUUUAUACGGUGUGAUAUUGUAUGUAGGUUUCUGUGUCUGACCUGAACUGUGUCUUAAUGUUUAAUCUUGAAUGUAAUCAAAGCUAUUUUGUUUUCCCUGAAUGAAGUGUCUCAAGUUAUAAAAUGCCCGAUACUAAGAAGGAGUAAGUGCUUCUGAGAGUUGUUUAGCUACAGAUGAGUCUAUAUCUUACAAUCAAAGUCUGUCAUCUUUUCUGGUGCCGAGUGAGUGUGCAUGUGUGAGUGAUUGUGUGUGUGUGUGUGUGUGUGUCUCUGUGGUGUACUGAGUGCUGAUGGGAAACUGUCACAUGCAGGUAACUGCCCACAAUACUGUGGUAAUAGUGUAGAAAGGUUACAAUGAACAUGAUGGGAGGGGAAAGACCUUUCCUUCUCCCUCUAUCUAUGUCUUCUCCCGAUUUUGGUCACUCUCUAUCUCUUUUUAGUCUUAGAUUUUUUGUAAAGUUGUCGUUGAUUUCUGUAAUUCUUUUUUUAGCCUGUCAUUGUUGCUGACAAUCAUGUGAUGAAAUAUACGAUGGAAAUAAAGAUUUGUUUGUCCCAA